AGGGUCACCUCCUCCUAUUCGCGCCAUUCCGUGGCUUCAGUCGAUCCAUGAAUGUUUGAGCAAAAUUUUGAAUACAGAUCGGAAAAUUCAGAGAAUUGUGUAGUGAUAUCGUUUAUUUCAGCUUUCAUCAUAGACACGACAUUUUUCCGAGUUUUUGAAGAAUUUAACAAAAAAAAAAAAUAUCCAAAGUUCGGAAUAAUUGAAUUAUUUUCCCGGUAGUGCAAGGUUACGUAAGAUGUUUUCCAUACCUAGAAAAAGUGGCUCCUACAAGAAUUAUCUCACGACAAAUUCUCUCAGUUUUUAUAGCCAUCGAAUCUACAAAAUGAUCAGUUGGAGAGAAUCUCCCUAAUUUGACACUCACUCCGCAUUCUCAGGGUAAACGAAAAGUUCAUCUUUUAGUAUGAGUGAUAAUCAUAUAAUUUCAAUUGAGGAGCCACCAGUAGGUUUUUUGUAUUUACUAGAAUGAUUCGUGAAUUAUCACUGAGCAUUUAUUUUAUGCAUAUUGUAAUAGCGCAAAACGACGUAUUUAAUUUAACAAUAAUUCACUUCAAUGAUUUCCAUGCUAAAUUUGAAGCCGUUAACGCAAGAACAUCGGACGACUGUAAGAAAGACCGGAAUGAGACAUGCGUAGGUGGUUUCGCACGCCUGUACACACUCAGCAGGUGGCUGAAACGAGAGAAUCCGAGUGCAUUACUAUUGAAUGCCGGCGAUGUUUUUACUGGGAGCUUUUGGUAUAGACUUUUCAAAGGGAACGUGACAUCAUACUUUAUGAACAAAUUGCCAGUUGAUGCCAUGACGAUAGGCAAUCAUGAGUUCGACGAUAGGAUAGAUGAAGUAGUGAAUUAUUUGAGUCGCUUAAAACUACCAGUGUUGGUUGCUAACAUAAACUCCACGGAGGAACCCACUUUAACACCCUACGUUAAAAAAUCUGCGAUUUACGAAGUUGAUGGCAAAAAGGUUGGGAUCAUCGGUUUUGUCACGAAAAUGUUUCGAGAAAUAGCCUCGGUGGGGAGACUGAAAAUAGAGGACGAGGUUUCAACGGUAAAUGCGGAGGCAAAAUCACUGCGAGCGCUGGGUGCAGAAAUUUUGAUAGGGCUCUCACAUGCUGGCUUCAGCGAAGACAAGCGGAUCGGCAAAUCCAUCGACGUUGAUGUCAUAGUUGGCGGUCAUUCGCAUACUUUGUUGUACACCGGUACACCUCCCUUAAGUGACGUACCAGAGUCGGACUAUCCAACAGUAAUCGAGCAAGAGAGCAGGAGGAAGGUAUUGAUCGUACAGGCCGGGGCGUUUUCGAAGUACUUGGGAUAUCUUACCAUCACAUUCGAUCAGAACAAUACGAUCCAAUCGUGGACUGGAAAUCCGAUUCUUCUUGAUAACACCGUGGAGGAAGACCCUUCAAUUCUCCAAGAGAUGGAGCCGUGGCGCAAGGAGGUUCAUGAAAUAGGAGAUAGAGUGAUCGGUGAAACUCUGGUAUUCUUGGAUGGCAGGCAGUGGGUCUGUCGCAUUGGUGAGUGCGCCAUAGGGAAACUUAUAACUGACGCAAUGAUUUAUGACUACAUAAAGAGAAGGACGGGAAAUAACUGGACAGAAGCUGCAGUUGCUCUGAUCAACGCUAGAGGAAUCCGGGCUUCUAUCAUGAAAGGAAACCUGACCUACGCAAAGCUGCUAGACACUCUACCUUUUAGUGAAACUUACGACUUAGUAGAGUUGUCCGGGAAGCACUUACUACAAGUUAUGGAAUUUGCAGUAGCCUCCUUAAAAUCAUCAUUCUUGCAAUAUUCGGGGAUCAAAGCAACAAUUGAUUUGGAUGGGCCAAAAUAUCAUCGGGUGUCCAACGUAAGUGUCCGGUGUGCUGACUGUGUAGUUCCACUUUACAGACCGUUGGAGAAGGGUCAGUUUUAUAAAAUAGUUUUACCUUCGUUUGUGUGCGAGGGAGGUGAUGGUUAUAAAAUGAUCAAGAAAAAUGCCCGCAGACACGUUAAAGGUCGAGUGAAUACAGAAAUCCUUCAAGACUAUCUAUCCGUAUUCAGUCCUGUUUUUAUCGAAUCUGAAGGGAACAUAAUCGUACAUGCCUCUCGUAAAAUUGUGGAUAAAAUCAAGACAUUGUAUCCGAAACCUGCAACAGGGAACAUUUGAUGACUGCAACAUGAAUGCACCUGACACUUGACGUGCACUGUAGGCCAUAGUCAUCUACAUGGACUGGGUUUGGACAAUUUUGUAAAACAAUUAUGAUGACGAAGAGUAGACACGUUGCUCUUUAAAAAAUUUCGUGAUCAUUGUCACAAAUAUAAUUUUGGUUUCUAAAACUUGAAACGAGAUAAGGCAGCCGAAAAAUUGAAUUAAAACGCGACAUUUAAAAACGCCUUCAUUUAGUGAAAUAGGCAACAUACUACCUAUGAACACGAAUAGUAGCCUACCAAGCCAGUGUCGAUAUCUCACUUAUUUAUAGCUACUUAUUCAGUCAUAAGCUGUGAUGGGCAUGGGAGUCCUUUUUUCGCAUUGUGUAUCUAGUGAGUUGUUCUCUUUGUUUAGAGAUACUUUUUAGUGCAAAUUUUCUACCGAAGCACCAUAAAAUACAUUCAGAUUCCGUGUUUAGUACCUGAAGAAAAGGGUCGGAAUCUAUGACUCGGACUUUCUAGCCCUAAUAAUUUCCGUCUUAUGAUCGGGAAUUAAACACAAAAAGCAUAUGAAUUUGAGCAUUGUAUCACUGGCUCAUGCGUUUUAUUACUCUUUUACUCACUGUUUUAAGAAGAAACUUUUAGCAAGAGUGUCCUUGCAGUUUUUGAUAUGUUAGACCACCUUUGAUGUUCACCUGUGAAAAUAUCACAAUAAAGACAAAAAUAUAUAAAUUAUAGUAUAAUUUAAA